GACGCCAUACGCAGUGCUAUCGAGAUUCCGUCGUUGUACUUUCUACUCAGUGUUUCUGCACACACUUGGCAUUUCUUGUAUAUUUAGCCGUCGACCGAAAACAACUGACGAAGCUUUCACCCUUAGUCCUUCUCGAACAACGCAGACUUUCUUCGACGAUGGGGGUUCUUAUUUCUCGCCGGAAGCGCGCUAAGGUCGAUACGAAAGACGUGUCAACGCAGCGUAGUCAGCUACCUCAGGAAGUGGAAUAUCUGGAGACACAGCAAGCGACGGGAAGCGCAGGCGACAGUCUCAUGGCGGUCUUGCAGGCCAUCGACAAGCGACUAAAUGCGCAGCAACUCCAUGCCCCUCAGGACGAAAAAAGUAGUCUUACAGUCCGGACGAGAACCCCCCGGCAGGGAGAGGAGGACACCAGCGGCUCCGGUGGCUUCGCCAGUAAGAACAGCAUCUUUGCCGUUCCCGGAACAAACACACAUGCCAGCAGGGGCGUGCAAGCUGCCGGGGAGGCGGGCGACGGUUGUGCGGACAUAGGGGCUGAUGCGCAUGGGACACCGGAAGACAGUACCGGAAAAUCUAGGGCCAAGCGUUCUCAUUCUGUCAAAGACCGGCAGCCCUCUUUUCACUUUCGGGCUCCCAAAAUUACUCCACGCCGCGAAGACGUUCGCUCGGUAGGUGCGAAACCCGACGGGAUCCCACGGUUGCCGACGGCAGACGACGGAGAACAACGAAGCGCCGGUGACAAUCCCGCUUUAGGUGGUCCCAAGGAAAAUGCGCUAGUUCUAGAAGUCGAUUCAUGCCCCAAAGACGCGGAGGUGGUGCCUGAGGUCAAGAGUGUGGUUCAGCCUAGACAUAAGGAGCACAUGGUAGUAGACGCGAAUGGCUUCCAUGUGCCUUUGGGCUACGUAUGGCAGCCGAGGGAGCUCCCUGUGCUCCACAAGAAGUCGGUUUGUCGUCAUUCAAGAAGGAAACACAAAAACCACAGGACCUCUAAUUUCGAUCUCGGGGUCUGGUGUCCUCAGACCCUGGAGGAAGAGCUGGAGAUGCUAAGCGUGGAAGAAAUCCUUCAGGCAGGAUCCAAUUCUCGCUUUCAAGGGGACGUGCUAGAGGUGGAGGCUAUGACUGCAACCGGUGGUUUCGUUUCCUGCACUCUUGCAAAGCUCGUGGAACGCUCUGACGAACAGCGAAGGUCGGGUUUUGGCGAGGCGAGUAGGAUGCAGUUUCAGAAAGUGCACGUUGGUCAGGGCAUGUGGCCACUGGAGCAGACCGCGGACAACUUUGUCCAAGAAGACCAGGACACGAGUGACGAAACAGACGGCGAUAUUGCAGAAGAUACACUGGACUGCAAUGUCGACGACCGGAUUAGCUCCCCUCCUGUCUGUUGUGGGUGCGAUGAUGUGGACUGGGACACUCUGGAAUGCGAGACGGGGCGUUCAGUGACUCCUACGAUCGACAACAGUCAGCCCGGCGGGAACUCUGAGAGGAAAGCUACAGGGACCAUGGAUAGCACGGAAGGAUGCAAAGAGGAGGCCAGAAGAACCGAGGCAACGAUGAGGCAGGCAAAGAGUCAGGUAGCAAGCGAGCUGCUGAUGAGCCCGAAGACCUCCGAUUCAAACAAAACGUACCUGCCACCUCUUCCUGUCAUGGAGAACAAAUACAUUCCUCAUUGGAACAGAAACAGCCCAUGUGGCGAGAGUAGAGAUGAAGAGGUGGGGGCGACGCUACGUCCAGCUAGCAAGAUGGCUGACGAAGAACCCCGCCAGUUUGGGGGUGGCGAUUCCCCGAUAGUGUGUAAGGAGGGGGACGCUCCGGAAGGCGCGGCUUUGGGCAGCUCGCCGCGUAAUUCUAAACCAGAACUAUUCAAGCGGCGAUUGAGUGCUUCGGGGCCCCGGGUGGAGAAGAGUUUCGCUCAACGGAAGGUCUCCUUCGACAGCACCAGCGACACCUACCUUCUGCAGCUAGAUAUGUCCAGCAAUAGGCCCACCUCUCGCGAAUGCGAAGAGGAGACAUCACUCGUGCUGCAAGACCAAUUGUUGCUGCAGUACUUUCAGAGCCUACAGAUCACAGAGGCAGCGCGAUUAAAAGCCAGACUUAAAUCCCGGGAUGUUGACGCCAAAUGUUUGGUUCCUCCCCUAGACCUGGAUGCAGCCUUCCCUGCAAAGUCAUCAAAGAAACCGGACGUAACUGUAUCGACACCAGACGGUCUAGACUCAAACAGCAUGUCGUAUCUGCGAGAAGCAGGUGGUGAUUCCAGCGUGCGUGUGCAGGAGCAGGAGAACCCUUGUGAGCAGGAGAACCCUUGUGAGCAGGAGAACCCUUUUCACAACCUGAGUAAUGAAUACCUUACGCAAGUAAGUCUCCCGCACUCUUCCAGAGACCUGGAGUCUGACAGUUGCUCAAUUUUGCAAGCAGUCAAUUAUGUUACAUCCCCGACGAGUAUCAGUGUCAUCUCUGAGGAACAAACCCAAGCCCAUACUUGCCUCUCCAGCUUUACAUCACUGGUGAGCAUUGGCGUCAUCUCGGAAGAAGAGUCACAAGUUCGUGCUUGCAUCUCUAGCACCACAUCAUUGGUACACAGCGACAUUAUCUAUGAAGGACAACAUCAAGACCGCAUCUCCAUCCCAGCCUACAAGUCUCUCUCCAAGACCUCGAUGACGUCCGCGACAGAACUGCAGGCUCUGUGCCACACUUCAUCACUGCAAGACCUCUACAGCCCUUGUGUUUCGACUGACUGUGUGAAUCGGGUCAUGGGCAAGAACGGGUCGGCUGGCAGGAUAUCUUGCCUGGAUGAGUCAUCCACAAACCCAGAAGAUGAUGUGCACUUCCGAGAUAGACCCAAGGAUAAGUGCGUCCCCGCUGGAAAUGGAAACGUUAAUGAAAGCAAUGUUUCAGGGCUUCCAGGACUACUAGAAUACCCUCAGAUAGAUGAAAUGCAAACCAACAAAAAGAACUGGCUAACAGAAAUUCCCGAAGAAGCAAACCCAGAUGGGGAGCAAAAUCUGAGGAAGGCUGGACUCAUUCUAGUGCAGGGGAAGGCACCGACUUAUCUAGCGUCACUUACGGAAUGCGAAAAUAUUAGCUCGGGAGAGCAGAUGGAAUACGAUGACCACGACGAAGCGUUGUUUAGCAGACUUGGUCGUUCGCAACGUGCUGCCCGUAUAUACAAAGGUUUCGCCUUCUCAUCCCUUCAGCACCCAUUCGCACCGUCACAUUCUCUCAAGACUACAGAUUAUUGGUCCCAGAUGUUACAGCACAACUGAUACAACUUUUAUUCGGAUACACAGUUUAUAAAAUUUCUUCGGCAUCAAUCUGCAGGAGUAUUUAAACGAACUAUUAAUUCCUCCUUAAUUUUAAACAGAGUUCCUCUGUGUAGUUCUUCAGACUCCAGGAAAACACAGUUUCUGAUGACACAGCGUGUUUGUGGAUAAGGGAUGUUGGUGGAGGGGAAUCUUUGAUAUCUGUUUAAACGUGACAUGUCAGCGCGAAGUGACCAUUCAGACCUAGUAUUUAACAAAAUGCGUCAUUUGUGACAUUUUGUCUCCAGAAUUAUGACCCAACAUGAGCAAAUAAGUGCAAAGUCUCCCUCGGAGAUUUUGUACCCAGAGUGACUAUAAGUCCCUUGAUGGCCUCGUAAGUUAUGAGAUGAAAACUUUGUGCUUAUUGCAAUUAACCAAUUAAUAGCCCUCAUAUAUAUAUAUACCAAAUGCACUACUCACUCACACACAUACGCACACAAACACGGUUAAGCGUCACAUCCACAACCCACAUAACAAAUAUAUCUCUCAGCGUACAAUCACUGGGCCGUUGUCUUAGUUUUAGUUUGGUACUAAUCCCAAAAACAUCAGUUUCAUCUGGUAUUCUAACCUAUACCUUUGGUGUCUGGGACAAGGGCAAGAACUUCAAGGGGUAUGAAGGUACAAACAUGGUACAAGGGUAAACUCUUAUGAUAUAAGCAAUCCAACGAAGGAGUAACGUUUACAGCUUAUGUUAGAUCAGAGAGAAUUUUUUUUUGACAUAAUAAAGCCGACACAUUUUCUGGUACCCCUUACCCUUUUGUGUUCCCAUACCACUGUCAGAGAAGAAUGCAAAAUCUUUCCUGAGACUCAAAAAAUAAAUAUCGUGUACUGAAGUCAUUUUAGCGUAGGAACCUGUGUGCAGAAGGCUCAGAUGUGCAGUCUGUACAAGUGGCUUUCCAUAUUCAGCAAUAACAAGGGUUUUAUAUUAAUGCUGUUCGCACUUUAGCUGCCUAUGGAGAAGUGGCGGCAAAAUUUUCCAGUGUUAUCACAAGUGUCAGAACGCUGUCCUCCAAAUAAUCUCCUCAGCUAGGAGAUUCAUGAUAUGGCUGUAUAAUGUGAUUUUUAGUGCAAACACACUUGUUGAUAAUGUCAUUAACAUGGCUUGUGGGGCCGACCAGAUGCAGAACAGCAGCAUGGACGAACCUGUUUGCGAGACAGGGGAGCUGCUUGUAUAACCGUAUAACCGGCCUCCUUAGUGAGCUCUCCACACUCCCAUCCAUUCCAGUCUUUGCUUCCAUAAUACAAAACCCUCCCAUGUUCUGUUUGGAUGCAGAGCGAGGAUCACAAAGUUCACUUCUUCAUCACAUUUUAGGUCGUGUUAAUGUGUUGGCUGACUCCUCAGCCAUAGCUCUCUUUCUCCAUGGUUUUCCGACAUUUACUAAACGGCCCUAUACGAAUGCCCUCCCAGCAUCUGCAUGACUCAGCAUGAGGGCUUGGCAAAAAACAAAAAGCAAAAAAACAACUGCUGAACUGGUUGUUUGGUUUGACAGGAAAGUGCUUCCAAUUAGUGGUAAUUUUGCAGGAGGGAGAGGGAAGAAACCAGAGUGGAGGAAAAUAAAAACCCAUACAGCAA